AUGUCCAUUCAAUGGUGGAUCCACUGUGGACUCUGCAACAAGCUGCAAGCAAACAAAGAAAGCCAAUUCUACCAGUUAUCCUGCUCUGACAUACUGUGCCGGUCGUGCAUGGCCGAAACUAACCGUGGAACAAACUGUCCGAUAUGCAAGACUUCAGUUAACUUUACCGAACUCGGCGAAUAUAUGGAAUCGAAGGAGCGAAUACUUUACCACCCAUCACCGGUCAGCUUCUAUCAGAUCGCUGCCAAAACGCUAACCUUCCAGUACAAACACCGGCAGAAUCUUGUCCAGGCGAUACUGUCGGCACGCAAAUCGUCACACCGGCUAGACGAACUGGAAAUCAAAAUACAACAGAAGAUGGUGGAAUCCCAAAAAGAGUACGAAAACAUCCGUCUGUAUCGAAGGACUUUGCAAGUAAACAUGCGCAAAACAGAGGUGUCCAGUGGAAGAAGCAACACCACCGGUGUGGAAGCAAAGCAUCCGUCCGGGCCAGUAAGAUUUUUCCAACGAAGGCUAUCAACUUACGCAUCUUGUGCGAUCCAACCGUACUCAAGCAGUUUACAGCCGCAGCGAAGAUUUUCCGUGAAUUCUUUCAAUCUGGUCAACGGUGUGAAGACGUCACAAGCAAACUCUUCGAUGGAUUCCGGUAUCGGUUUAACACCCUCCCCCAAGGAUAGCUUUGCCGGUAGGAUUUGUCGAUUGUGUAGCAGUACUCCGAAAGAAAUAUAUUCUAUAAAAUCGAGUGAAAUUGCCCAGCGUCGUACAUCGAUUGCAGCUAGUUUGCACACGAAUUACACACCGGUUAAGGCGCCGCGAAGAUAUUCAACUGCUUCGUUCAAUCGAGUUAUUGCGGGCGAGAAUGCUCUACAAAGCGGGCGGUUCAAUUCUGGAGCGACUUUGUCCAAUUCUUUGUUUAAGACGUCACAAGCAAAGUCUUCGACGAAUUCCGGUAUCGGUUUAACACCCUCCUCCGAGGAUAGCUUUGCCGGUAGUAUUUGUCCAUCGUCUACCAGUACUCCGAAAUAA